AUGGGAGGUUAACUGGUCGCGGAAGGAGAUUCGUGUUUGGCUUCUAUGGUUGGCUGCUUGCGCGGGUCCUGGUGAAUCGGUGAGAUUACUGCUGCUCUGGAAAGGAUUCUGUGAGAAUGGAGGUUUCUUGGUAAAUUAUCGUUUCGGACUGCUGAAGUCGCCACUGUUUCUAAACUGUUAUUCAGCUACUGGAUAGAAACUAGUUUUAACAAUGAUGAGUUAGAAGACUUUUUUUCGGUGAAAGCAAAUGGUGGGGUCAACAUGGGCGCUGUGUUUCGGAGUAUGCUCAUGUGCAGCUUUUGCUUGUUGAUAAAAGCAUCUGCAGCUCCACUCCUGUUGUAUGCAAAUCGUCGAGACCUACAGUUGGUAGAUGCUUCUGGCAAGAAGGAAAAUGCCACUAUUGUUGUCGGUGGAUUAGAGGAUGCAGCUGCUGUGGACUUUGUUUCUUCACAAGGUUUGAUAUACUGGAGUGAUGUAAGCGAAGAAGCAAUUAAAUGUAUUGUGUUUAACAGAACAGGAAGCAUUCAGAAUGUUGUAAUUUCUGGACUUGUGUCACCUGAUGGGCUAGCAUGUGACUGGCUUGGUGGAAAACUAUAUUGGACAGAUUCUGAGACGAAUAGGAUUGAAGUGGCAAAUCUGAAUGGAUCAUUACGGAAAGUGUUAUUUUGGCAAGAACUGGAUCAGCCAAGAGCCAUUGCUUUAGACCCAUCAAGAGGUUACAUGUACUGGACUGACUGGGGAGAAGUACCUAAGAUAGAAAGGGCUGGAAUGGAUGGUACAAGUCGAUCAAUUAUCAUCGAUUCAAACAUAAAUUGGCCUAAUGGACUAACCCUAGAUUAUGAGGAGCACAAGUUGUACUGGGCAGAUGCAAAGCUGAGUUUUAUUCACAGAUCUGACCUGGAUGGCACCAAUCGGGAAGUGGUGGUUGAAGGCUUCCUUCCUCAUCCCUUUGCAUUGACGUUGUUUGGAGAUACCCUGUACUGGACAGACUGGACUACACACUCUAUCCAUUCGUGUAAUAAAAACUAUGGAGACAACCGACGCGAGGUUCACUCCAACAUAUUUUCUCCAAUGGAUAUUCAUGUUUUCAGUCCACUGAGGCAGAAGAGUGCUUUUAAUCCAUGUGGAAGUAACAAUGGGGGUUGUUCGCACUUGUGCCUGAUGUCUCCAACUAAUCCCUUUUUUCGGUGUGGCUGUCCAACUGGCGUGAGACUUCUACAAGAUGGAAAGACCUGCAAAGAUGGUGCCACUGAAUUACUUUUGUUAGCACGACGAACAGAUUUGAGACGAAUUUCCCUUGACACCCCAGAUUUUACUGAUGUAGUUUUGCAGCUUGAUGACAUCCGCCAUGCCAUCGCCAUUGAUUAUGAUCCUGUGGAGGGAUAUAUUUACUGGACUGAUGAUGAAGUAAGAGCCAUUCGUCGAUCUUUUCUGGAUGGUUCUGGUAGUCAGUAUAUUGUGACCUCUCAAGUUGCUCAUCCAGAUGGUAUUGCAGUGGACUGGAUUGCUCGAAAUCUUUAUUGGACUGACACUGGUACUGAUCGUAUAGAAGUUACAAGACUUAAUGGAACUAUGAGAAAAAUUUUAAUUUCAGAGGAUUUGGAUGAACCUCGUGCUAUUGUAUUAGAUCCUUUAAAUGGGUACAUGUACUGGACAGAUUGGGGUGAAGUCCCCAAAAUUGAACGUGCUGCAUUAGAUGGAACAGAAAGGAUUGUCCUUGUGAAUAAUUCUCUUGGAUGGCCAAAUGGAUUGGCACUGGAUUAUGAAGAAGGAAAAAUUUACUGGGGAGAUGCAAAGACAGAUAAAAUCGAGGUCAUAAAUGCAGAUGGCUCAGGCAGAAGGGUAUUGGUGGAAGAUAAGCUGCCUCAUAUCUUUGGAUUCACACUGCUAGGUGAUUACAUUUAUUGGACAGAUUGGCAACGACGCAGUAUUGAAAGAGUUAAUAAAACAACUGCAGAACGUGAAAUUAUUAUUGACCAGCUGCCAGACCUGAUGGGACUCAAAGCCACUAAUGUACAUAAAGUCAUUGGUACAAACCCUUGUAGUAACAACAAUGGAGGAUGCAGUCAUCUCUGUUUGUACAGACCACAGGGUCUUAGAUGUGCUUGCCCUAUUGGUUUGGAGCUAAUCAGUGACAUGAAGACCUGCAUUGUUCCAGAAGCAUUCCUUCUUUUCUCAAGAAGAACUGAUAUCAGGCGGAUUUCUUUAGAAACCAACAACAACAACGUGGCAAUUCCACUUACAGGUGUCAAAGAGGCUUCUGCACUGGAUUUUGAUGUUACUGAUAACCGAAUCUAUUGGACAGAUGUUAGCUUGAAAACAAUAAGUAGAGCUUUUAUGAAUGGAAGUGCACUGGAACAUAUUGUUGAGUUUGGACUGGAUUAUCCUGAGGGCAUGGCAGUUGACUGGUUGGGGAAGAAUUUGUACUGGGCUGACACUGGCACUAAUCGGAUUGAAGUAGCUAAGCUUGAUGGCCAACACCGUCAAGUUUUGGUUUGGAAAGAUUUGGACAGUCCAAGAGCUCUAGCUCUUGAUCCUGCUGAAGGGUUUAUGUACUGGACUGAAUGGGGUGGGAAACCCAAAAUUGAUCGUGCUGCUAUGGAUGGAUCUGGUCGCAUUACUCUGGUUCCAAAUGUAGGUCGGGCCAAUGGUCUUACUAUUGAUUAUGCUGAAAGAAAACUUUAUUGGACAGAUUUGGAUACAAACUUAAUUGAAUCUUCAAAUAUGCUUGGACUUGAACGUGAAGUUAUAGCAGAUGAUUUGCCUCACCCAUUUGGCUUAACUCAAUAUCAGGAUUACAUCUACUGGACAGACUGGAUCAGGCACAGUAUUGAACGUGCCAACAAAACCAGUGGCCAAAAUCGCACGGUCAUCCAGGCACAUUUGGAUUAUGUGAUGGACAUUCUGGUGUUCCACUCUUCCAGGCAGGGUGGUUGGAAUGAGUGUGCCUCUACCAAUGGGUACUGUUCUCAUCUUUGUUUAGCAGUUCCUGUAAGUGGCUAUGUAUGCGGGUGUCCAGUGCACUACUUUCUGAAUACAGACAACAAGACUUGCAGUGCUCCUCCGUCCUUCCUACUCUUCAGUCAGAAAAGUGCUAUAAACAGAAUGGUGAUUGAUGAACAGCAGAGUCCUGAUAUUAUCCUCCCUAUUCACAGUCUUAGGAAUGUCCGAGCCAUUGAUUAUGAUCCGGUAGAGAAACAGCUUUAUUGGAUUGACUCGAGGCAAAAUGUCAUUAGAAGAGCUCAGCAAGAUGGUAGUCAGAGUUUCACAGUGGUGGCUAGUUCUGUUCCUAGCCAUAAUCUUGACAUGCAGCUUUAUGACCUCAGCAUUGAUUUCUUCAGCCGUUAUAUAUACUGGACAUGUGAAGCAACAAAUGUAAUUAAUGUCACAAAACUGGAUGGGAAGCCAGUUGGUGUGGUACUUCGAGGAGAACAAGAUAGACCGAGGGCCAUUGUGGUUAACCCUGAAAGAGGGUAUAUGUAUUUCACAAACUUACAAGAACGAUCUCCUAAAAUUGAGCGUGCUGCUUUAGAUGGAACUGAACGAGAAGUCCUUUUUUUCAGUGGCCUGAGUAAGCCCAUUGCUUUGGCAAUAGAUAACGAAAUGGCCAGGCUGUUUUGGGCAGAUUCUGAUCUCCGACGCAUAGAAAGCAGUGACCUUUCAGGUGCUGAUCGAAUGGUCUUAGAAGACUCUAACAUUCUGCAACCAGUUGGCUUGACAAUCCUUGGAAAGCACUUGUAUUGGAUUGAUAGGCAGCAGCAGAUGAUUGAAAGGAUAGAAAAAACAAGUCGAGAAGGGCGUACCAAGAUACAGGCACGCAUGCAGUUGCUUAGUGAUAUCCAUGCUGUUAAAGAACUGGACGAACAGGAAUACAGAGAUCAUCCUUGUUCGCAAGACAAUGGUGGCUGUUCUCACAUUUGUAUUGUGAAAGGAGAUGGCACAACUCGCUGUUCUUGUCCAGUGCAUCUUGUGUUGCUUCAGGAUGAGCUGUCUUGUGGAGAGCCACCAACCUGUUCUCCUGAACAGUUUACUUGUUCCACUGGUGAUAUUGAUUGUAUUCCACUGGCCUGGCGCUGUGAUGGUUAUUCAGAGUGUGCUGAUAAAAGUGAUGAGAAAAGUUGCCCGGUUUGCUCAGAGAUGCAGUUUCGCUGUACCAGUGGUCAGUGUAUUGAGAUGUCCCUACACUGCAAUGGUGAAGCGGACUGCCAGGACAAGUCUGAUGAAAAAAACUGUGAAGUUUUAUGUCCAACAGAUCAGUUCCGGUGUUCAAAUGGCCUGUGCAUUGGUCGAAACAAAAGAUGUGACCAUAAUGUAGACUGUAUUGAUAACUCGGAUGAGUCUGGAUGUGACCCAACUGAGGAACCCACCCCUCAACCCACUUACACAAUUGGCACCAUAGUUGGAGUGAUCUUGUUUACUUUUGUGGUUGGUGGUAUGUAUUUCAUCUGUCAGCGAGUUCUGUGUCCACGUAUGAAAGGUGAUGGAGAAACCAUGACCAAUGACUUUGUUGUUCAUGGGUCUGCCUCUGUGCCCCUUGGCUAUGUCCCACAUCCUAGUUCACUUUCUGGAUCAUUGGCAGGAAUGUCUCGUGGAAAGUCUGUGAUGAGCUCCCUGAGCAUCAUGGGUGGAAGUAGUGGACCUCCGUAUGACAGAGCUCACGUAACUGGCGCAUCUUCCAGCAGUUCAUCAAGUACUAAAGGCACUUACUUCCCUCCUAUUUUAAAUCCACCACCUUCACCAGCCACAGAGCGUUCACAUUAUACAAUGGAAUUUGGUUAUUCCUCCAACAGUCCUUCUACUCACCGGUCAUACAGCUACAAACCAUACAGUUACAGGCAUUUUGCACCUCCUACUACGCCAUGCAGCACAGAUGUUUGUGACAGUGACUACACACCAAGCAGAAGACCCACAGCAACAGUAGCCAAAGGCUAUACAAGUGACUUGAACUAUGACUCUGAGCCUUUUCCUCCUCCUCCAACUCCUCGAAGUCAAUAUUUGUCUGCAGAAGAGAAUUAUGAAAGUUGCCCUCCAUCUCCUUUCACAGAACGCAGCUAUUCCCAUCACCUUUAUCCUCCCCCACCUUCACCUUGUACAGACUCUUCUUGAGCCACGUCCUCUUAUUGCCUCUGCAAAAAUGUAAAUAAGAAUUGUUUAUAUAAAAAUACUAUAGAGAUGAGGCAGGUAUGUACAGUAUAAAUAAAUGGUGAGAUGUCUCAAUAUUUGUACAGAAGAAAGAAUAUUUAUAUUUUCUGAACAGCACCUGCUACUUAUACCAUACAGUUUUGUAUAAAACAGAAAUUUGUACAAAAAGUUUUUAUUUUUGCAAUUGAAAUACAAAAAUGCCUUAAAACAGGGAAGGAACUAACAGUACCUAAGAUAACAGAAGGAGAACAAUUAACUUUUCAUUGAAGCAAGUUGAGAUUCUGUGAUACCAAAAAGUAAUAUAUUGCAGUUAUUUGGGUGCGACCAUCAUUCUUAUUUAAAGAGCAGUAAAGGUAUGUGAAGGAAACCAGCUAUGCCAUUUCUAAUUCAAGAGCUAAUAAAAAGACUUUCAUGGUUGUGUCCGUGACACCUCUCCUGAACUGUCAGGAUUAUGUUUAGUUUCUUUAACACACAAAGUAGCGUGUAAUAGUCACACUCUGUCAAUGACCUUUUCUGGUAAUGUUAUGAAGUAUUCCUUCUAUUUACAUAAUCUUUUGUUGUUUCUAGGAUCCGUUUGUUAGAAGAGCAUGAUGACUUGUAUCACAUAUUUGUUGCUAGGUAGUGCUCCAUUGCUGUUGAAUUGGUAGAGGUGGUAGGAAUGCAUCAUUCAUUCCCAUUGGAUUGGUAAGGAUGAUUGGAAUUUCCCUCAAGUGCCACAGUUUUCUGUUAGGGGAAAAUUAAAAAUGCAAUUUAAAAAUUAACAGCUUGUAUUGUUUUAGUAGCGUAAUGGUACAAAAGCCUACGAGCUGUUAUUAGUAUUCGUUUAACUUUUCUUAGGAAUUAAUUUCAGUACUUGGUGUCACAUUUCUCCAUUACCUGAGCUUUGCAUUUCAGGUGACAUAGGGUUGUUCCUUUAUUGUAUUCAAAGUAUUGUGUUAUAUGUCUUCGUUGGACAAGGACUGUGGUUGGUCUGAAAGCCUAUGUGAUGUUCCCAUGAAGUAAACUUUUGAGUAUGGGAGUGCCUUAUUUUGAACCACUAUAUGUAAGUCUUUUUCUUCCUGAAAGAUUGCAUGCUAUGGAGUCUUAACAUUUGUUUUGAAAAGUGUGAAGCAGCACUUUUUCUGUCAGAUCUAGAAACAGUUUGAGUAUGUAAUUAUGCAUAGAUAAUUACAUACCUUUGAUUUAGUAAUGCUUUUUUGUUUUAACUUCAUGCGUGUGUCAUAGAGAGAGUUGCACCAGUCUGUUUACUUUUAACCUAGAUUCAGAGUAAUCUCAAAAUGUAAGCUUAGAACUCCUGCCAGUAUUUCAAAAUCCUCUGGGUAACUGUGGCACGAGAGGGCAGACCACAUGCAGCAGUGCUUUGCAUGCUAAAGACUGCAUCCUCUCCAGCAAAACUAAAUAAACUUUUCAUAAUUAUGCAUCCUUUAAUUUGCAUACAAGAAGGAUGUGUGGAAUCUUUCCUUCAGAUGGAGGUCAAAGGGCACUUUUUUAAUGCUGUUGGUGUCUGUAACAAGUUUAGGUUUCUUGGUUUGUCAAGAGCACAUUUUGUCCUUAGCUUUGGCAAGUUAAAAAAAAUGUGUAGCAGUAGUGCCAUAAGUGCAUCUCAUGCAGUUGUAAUUUAUUUUUUUUACCUCACAGCAUGCCUAAAAAAGGAUUGCUGAGAGAAUUUGGGAAAAAAAAUGUGAGAUUUUUUUCUGAAUUUAUAAUUGUUUUCAUUUGGAGAGGUGGUAUGGUGCAGUUUUUAUCAAGCAGUAUAGCACUGAAUGCAAAAUGUAACAAAAAAAAAAUCUUUCAAGUAAAGUCAUAGGACUUGCUUUUCUAUCCUACAUGUUACAUGAGGAUUUUCUGCCUUUGUCAUACAGCAUUUCUAACAUUGCCAGUAAUGUUCUCCUGGAGUUUAACACGCUGCUUAGUUAAACGUCUUUUCAAGCUACAUGCUACAUUUGUGCCUGAAAAAAUCACCAGUCAUAAUGGUUUAAAUAUUUUUUUAUCGCAAGUAAUGUAGAUAAUCAUAUUUAUAUACUGUAAGAGUAACCUUGUAUUAUUAGUUAAUUGUAAAUCUGUCCAUAUCUUUGCAGUACGUAAACACUGUGUAUAUAAAAAAGUAUGUUUUAUAUAUAUAUAUAUAUAUAUAUAUAUAUAUAUAUA